CGUCAACCCGCCCACAAAACGGAGCACAUGCUGAUUUGUAAAUUAUUAGACUUGACGUUUGUACAUUCGCUCAAUACAAAAUAAUUAUUAUAUUUAGUUAAUUGACAUAUUAUUCGGACAAAAAAAUGAACGUGGACAAGGAAUUGGCCGAGAUUUUGCGUCAAAUUGACGAUCAUGAACCUGCCGUGGUACUGAAGGGUUUGAAAGCUUUGCUACAAUGCUUGGAUACUGUGGAUCAGACCCCCUUGUAUCGGAAAAUAUGGGCUCAUGUAGUUUAUGACGCCCUCAAUAAAAUCAUUCAUUCAAAAGACGCCGAAGUUGUGGCGCAGUUGGGAGUUGCACUUCUUAGAACGUUACCAGUCGUGGAGGAGAGAGAUCCAAAUACUUUCUGUGAUAAGUUGACCAAGUAUGACGAUGUGCUUAAAAAGAUUCUAUUCACUAUGGACUUCUCCAGCAGUUCUGCGGAAAAGAAAGAGUGGUUAAUUCAUCUCGAGAAGUUUAUCGAAAAAAUGGGUCAUGCCAGUAUGCAUUGGGUCGACAGGAUUAACUCAGUGCUGCUCGGCUUCGCGUCUUCGGGAAAUUGCAAGGAAUGGGUUUUAAUCUUGAAGGUUGUCCAAGCGUUGAUAAAGAAUACAUGGAUGAAACCCAGCUUACGAGAUUGGGUACAAAUCAUGGUCAAGAUCCUCUUCAACCAAGGCGUCGCUUCAGCAUUGUCAGCAAAAACGGAAACACCUGACAAGGCUGAAAUGGCAGAAAUAUAUUCAAACGUGCAAUCCUGCUUCCAACUCAUGUCCAAAUGUGAAGACUUUCCUUCACUUCAGUCAGACUUGCGGCACUUGGUGAAAACAAUAGAAGAACACGGCAAGGACAAUUUGUACCAGACCAAACUUCUCGAGGAAUUAGAUAAAUGUGAAAUACGGACAUUUUUGUAAGCUGUACAAACUAUUUAUUUAUUAUUAAAUGAAAUGACUCGCCAAAUCAUAUACAUAAUAAUAAGUUAUAAUAGUAGAUUGAUUUAUGUUUUAUACGAAGUCGAGCAAUAAUAAAAAGUACAAUAACAGCAUUAACAACAA